UAAAAAAUUAAAAAUAAAGGCGUGCCAGCCUUUGGCCACACAUAAACAACUAAAAUGGAAAACUAUGAAAAUCAUAUUAAAACUAAAAGAUCUCCAACGGUUUUUGGAUCUGCACUUGUUCCAGCUAACUCAAGUACUCCGUAUUCAGAUGCAACUCAAACAAAAAAACAUUCUCCUGGCCAUAUAAAAAGGCCAAUGAAUGCAUUCAUGGUCUGGAGUCAAAUGGAACGACGGAAAAUAUGCGAAAAAACGCCAGACUUGCAUAAUGCUGAAAUUUCUAAGGAACUAGGCAGACGAUGGCAGCUUUUAUCCAAGGACGAUAAACAGCCAUAUAUUAUCGAAGCAGAAAAGCUGCGAAAACUUCAUAUGAUAGAAUAUCCAAAUUAUAAAUAUAGGCCACAAAAAAAACAAUCAAGAUCGUCAGUCGUUUUAAAGCAAAAUCAGGAUAUAGAUAUCGAUGUUAAGCAGGAUUCACAGAAUAUGACGACACCUGUUGCAAUAAAUGGAACAUGUACUGCCGGUCGGAAAAACAAAAGAUCUACCUCUACUUGUCAAUCUAGUGCGUUGUCAAAACGUCUAAAAAAUGAUUCAGGUGAUAAUGUAAAAUGUAAUAAUGAUAUAAAGACCCCCUCCCGUACUUUUGAAGUUGUACUCCCACCGGAAAAGGAUUAUGUAAAUCUCCAGUCAGCCGAAUUUGUACAAACAAAUAAUCGAAUCGAUUCCGGUAUUCAUUCGGGCGAUAGUAUAGUUAAACUGGAAAAUGUAUCGGAUAACAAUAAUGCCCUUAUCACGCAAGAGAAUUUGACAUUUCUUCAAUUCUUUGAUAAUCCGCAAAAAACUGAAGACGCAAUUCUAGAAACGAACUUAUCGUGUAUUAGUCAGGGCGUUAGCCAACACGUCCAGCCAAAUUUUGGUGAUUGUCAGAAUAUUGGAGAGCCCGUAUUUGAUUCUGAAGAAAAUAUUGUGAACGAUGCAAAUUUGCAUUCGGCUAGCCAUCACUUACCCCCCUAUGUGCCAGAUACGCAGGAGUGUUUUGCCGAAGACUGUGGAUCCGAAAGUAUACCCCAUCAGCCAUUCUACGCAUUGCGGCCACAAACAGUUACAAUGAACAUUGAAAUUCAUAAUAGUCCAGUUACCUAUGGAGCGAAUACAUUCCAAAAUGAAGAAUUCAACCCAAUUCCAUCGACGACCGAAGACAGCGAUUGUAGCAUCCUAACAUCUACACAUUCGCCACACAUUGGCUUUUGUAGUAGCAGUAUAGACAACAGUCUGGUGGAAUCUGAAGGUAUUACAAAUCCAUGUACAUAUUCUAACCAGGACUACAGCGGUAAUUUGAUUGGAGCAAAUAAUGAUCUCAACUACUCAGUACAUGAUAACGAUGGAGCUCUACUGGCUUAUACUUUUGAGGAUCUACCACCUCAACCAACUGGUAGUCAUCUAGAAUUUAAUACUAACAGAUAUGAGUUUUCAAGCGUAUACAAAAUGUGAGCUAUAGAAUGUGAGAAAUAUUUAAGCUUUGUGUAAUUUUUAAUAAUAUGUUUUUACGUUUAUAAAUAUACAC